UUAGAGGCGAGGCAAACACAAGCAGGGCGUAGAAAGAAGGAAGGGUGGUGUGGUGAGGGUAACAGAAGAUAGCAGUACAAGUGAGUAGUAAGUUGAAUAUGAUACAACAGGAACCCUAAAACCCCCAAUCAAUUCAUUCUUUCAAAACCCUAAUCCUAAUUGAAGCAAUGGCGUCUUCGUCCAGCAGCGGAUUGACGUUCAAGGUGCAUCCAUUGGUGAUCGUGAACAUCUCCGACCACUACACUCGCGUCAAGUCGCAGCUCAACCCUCCCAAUUCUAAUGCUUCUUCCAAUUCCUCUGCUCCGCGGGUCUACGGUGGCGUCAUAGGGGUCCAGAAGGGUCGCACCGUCGAGAUCUUCAACAGCUUCGAGCUCCUCUACGACUCUUCCACCCACUCCCUCGACCGCGCCUUCCUCGAGAAGAAGCAGGAGCUCUACAAGAAGGUCUUCCCUCACUUCUAUAUCCUCGGUUGGUACUCCACCGGCACCGACGCCCACGAAUCCGACAUGCACAUUCACAAAGCUUUGAUGGAUAUCAAUGAGAGUCCUGUUUAUGUUCUCCUGAACCCUUCCAUCAAUCAUUCUCAGAGGGAUCUCCCUGUCACUAUUUUUGAAAGCGAACUGCAUGUUAUAGACGGAAUUCCCCAACUUAUUUUUGUUCGCUCCAGCUAUACUAUUGAGACUGUCGAAGCAGAACGGAUCUCAGUGGACCAUGUUGCUCAUCUUAAGCCGUCGGAUGGUGGUUCUGCGGCCACACAAUUGGCUGCUCACCUUACUGGUAUACACAGUGCCAUCAAAAUGCUUCAUAGCAGAAUUAAGGUGCUGCAUCACUAUUUGCUAGCAAUGCAAAAAGGUGAUGUUCCUUGUGAAAAUUCACUGUUAAGACAAGUGUCAAGUCUCCUGAGAAGAUUGCCUGCUAUUGAAUCUGGGAAAUUUCAAGAUGAUUUCUUAAUGGAAUACAACGACACUUUAUUGAUUAGCUACCUUGCAAUGUUGACCAACUGCUCAAGUACAAUGAAUGAAUUGGUGGACAAAUUCAAUACUGCAUACGACAGGCAUAGCAGAAGGGGUGGACGAACUGCUUUUAUGUGAAAGCUACUUGGUUGCUCAUAUCUGGUCAUCUUUUUCAAAGUCUGUAGAUGUAGUGUCCCCCCCUCUAUCUGCUGCUUAAACAUGAAUUAUCAGUGUUUUAGUAAUUGCUCAGAUUCUAAGGGAACAGAGGUAAGGAAAGUAGGAAGUUACAUGUACUGGUGCCCUGUAGCGGAAGAGGAAAAUAGUAUUUUGUUUCUGGGUUCCUGUAAAAGUGGUUUACUAAAUACGUAUUUGGAUUAAUGUUUGCAAAGGGAUGGUAUAAAUGUGCAUUUACGGAAUUAAUUUUGAUUAAAAUUGAAUUGAUGUUAAUGUAAUUUGUGUUUGGAUA